AUCCAUGGAAGGUGGGCAAUGGUUGGUGCAGCUGGCUUCGUCAUCCAAGAGGCAGGCCUUCAACAAAUUUGGUGCAAACUGUGGCCCCGAGGCUGUCUGACUGGUGCUCUUCUCCUGGAUGGGAACACACCGAACUACUUUGGGAAGAACAUUCCAAUCAAUCUUGUGCUUGUUGGAGGUGCUGAAUACUACAGAAUCAUCAAUGGACUGGAUUUGGAGGACAAGCUGCACCCUGGAGGUCCAUUUGAUCCCACUGGGGCUGGCAGAUGAUCCAGACCAAGCUGCAUUGCUCAAGGUGAAGGAGAUCAAGAAGGGGCGGCUCGCGAUGGUUGUAGCUGAUCCAAUCGGGGACGUCAUGCUGCGUUCAGGGCUCACGUCAUCUUCGUAUGAACGGCGUGACAAUUUAAAUAUGUUGGGUUGGUUGAAGUUCUUGGCAGCGGGGAUACCUUGACGGGGACAUGGAGUUCGAUCGAUGGGGGUGCGUAGUUUAGGAUGGUCCAGUAAUCCUACUCCAAUGCAGCCGUCCAUGUUGACUCAAUCAUGGAUGGAAUCGCUGCACCUGGAUGGUUUCACGGGAAUUAGGGCAGCUUCACCAAUUGAUGAAUGAUUGUGCUUGUUUUCCUCUUCCUCUCUGUGGCUCCCUACAAAUACACGCCGACCGGGCCUCGACGACCGAGCAAGCACGCACGGCGAGUAGGAGAUUCUUGUUUGCCUUCUUCGAUCUUUUGGGCGGGCCGAGACAUGGCGGCAGCGAAUUCAGUUCCUCUCAUUACCGCUUACAAGAUGGGCAAGUUUGAUCUCUCGCACAGAGUGGUGCUAGCACCAUUGACAAGGCAGAGGUCAUACGGGAACGUCCCACAGCCGCAUGCCAUCUUGUACUACUCUCAGCGAGCCUCCAAAGGCGGUCUUCUGAUAGCGGAGGCAACCGGGGUUUCAGACACCGCGCAAGGGUACCCUUGCACGCCCGGCAUUUGGACGAAAGAACAGGUGGAAGCAUGGAAGCCGAUUGUGAAUGCAGUUCAUGAAAAGGGUGGCAUCUUCUUUUGCCAGAUUUGGCACGUAGGAAGGGUUUCAAAUCAUGAUUUCCAACCCAAUGGGCAAGCUCCAAUCUCAUCUACUGACAAGCCAAUUACUCCUCAAGUACGAGCAAAUGGCAUCGAUGUUGCUAUUUUUUCAACUCCAAGGCGGUUGCGGACGGAAGAGAUUCCUUUGGUUGUCAAUGAUUUUAGAGUUGCUGCAAGAAAUGCCAUAGAAGCUGGUUUUGAUGGAGUCGAGAUUCAUGGAGCCCAUGGAUAUUUAAUUGAUCAAUUCUUAAAAGACAAAGUGAAUGAUCGUACAGACAAGUAUGGCGGAAGCUUAGAGAAUCGUUGCCGCUUUGCUUUAGAAAUAGUUGAAGCUGUGGUUGAUGAAAUUGGAGCUGACAGAGUUGGAAUAAGACUUUCUCCCUAUGCAAACUAUAUGCAAUCAGGAGAUUCAAACCCUGAGGCUCUUGGAUUAUACAUGGCCAAUGCUCUGAACAAAUAUGGGAUUUCAUACCUUCACAUGGUGGAGCCUAGGAUGAUAAAUGUAGGAGAAAAAGUUGAAGUUCCUCACAGUCUUCUUCCUAUGAGGAAAGCAUUUAAGGGAACAUUCAUUGUCGUUGGGGGCUAUGAUAGAGAAGAAGGUAACACUGCCAUCGCUAGUGGUUAUGCAGAUCUAGUUGCUUAUGGGCGCCUAUUUUUAGCUAACCCUGACCUGCCUCGAAGAUUUGAGUUGAACGCUCCACUUAACAAGUAUAACAGGGAGACUUUCUACAUUCAGGAUCCAGUUGUUGGGUAUACAGAUUACCCAUUUCUUGAUUCUGAUUCGUAGAUUACCAAAGUAUGUACUGAGUUUAUACUCCUUUGGUAUCGUGGAACUCAAGAUUUGGGUGCUACAAUAGAAAUUUAAGGUUCAAAUUUGUCUUUUGAAUUAUUCACUUUGUCAAGAAACAACUGUGGAUUCAAGGAGUGUGAUGCCUAUAAAUUGUUCUUGAUUUCUUAAUCAAGAACAAUAUUUAAUGCUGCAGGUAAACUUAGACUCUGUGGAGCUUAAUUCAUCAUCUAUUGCUGGGCUCUA